UCGCAUUCGGCGCCCGGCGGCCGCAGCGAAAACAGCGGAGCCUACGGGAUGGCGGCGGGCGAGGGCGGGGCCGACUCGCUGCCCCCGCCCUCCCCCUCCUUGCCGGGCCCCCUUCCGGGCUCCGAGCGUGCCUUGGAAGAAGCGGCGGCCUCGGGCAGCCUGAGCCUGGCGGGACGGCGGCUGAGGCAUUUCCCCGGAGGAGCAGCUCGGCGCUGGGACCUCAGCGACAUCACGCAAGCGGAUCUCUCCCGGAACCGUUUUGCUGAAGUGCCUGAAGACGCUUGCCACUUGAUGUCCUUGGAAGGACUGAGCCUAUACCACAAUUGCCUGCGCAGCCUCCCUCCAGCGAUUGCCAACCUCCAGGCCCUCACGUACUUGAACAUCAGCCGGAACCAGAUCUCCGCCUUGCCCUCCUGCCUCUGCCGCUUGCCCCUCAAGGUCCUCAUCGCCAGCAACAACAAGCUGGCGUCCCUGCCGGAUGACAUCGGCUCCCUCAGCAGCCUUCGCCAGCUGGACGUCAGCAGCAAUGAGCUACAGUCCCUCCCAGGGGGCAUGGGAAGCCUGGAGUCCCUUCGGGAUCUCAACAUUCGCCGGAACCAGAUCACUGUCCUGCCCGAAGAGUUGGCUGAGCUUCCGCUGGUGCGGCUGGAUUUCUCCUGCAACCUGAUUGCGCGUCUCCCGGUCUGCUUCCGUCACUUGCGGCACCUCCAGUGCAUCCUUCUGGAGAACAAUCCCCUGCAAUUCCCACCUGCCCAGGUCUGCCUGAAGGGCAAAAUCCACAUCUUCAAAUACCUCAACAUCGAGGCCUGCAGCAAGGCCAGGUCGGACCUGGCAGAGUUUGCCCAAGGACGCCCCACUGGCUUUGGCACGUGCCUCCCAGAGGACUUCUAUCCUGCCCGGCAGCACGGGGGCCUCGACUCUGGCUUCCAUAGCGUGGACAGCGGCAGCAAGCGGUGGUCGGGGAACGAGUCCACCGAUGAGUUUUCAGACCUCUCCUUCCGCAUCGCUGAGUUGGCCCGCGACCCCAAGCAGCUGAAGGAGAAGCGCGGCGGGGCAGCCGAUGCCAGCGAACUGGAGCAGAUCGACUACAUCGACAGCAGCGUGAAUGGGGAGGAGGAGGAGGAGGAGGAGGAGGUGGCGGAGGAGGAGGGGACGGCACCCCCUCCUCUGGCAGGGAGGGCCGGCAAGGCGUGGCCCGGCUUCCCAGGGACGGCGUCUCACGAGGAGCACCCGAAGCCAGCCAGGAGCUUUUCCCAGAGAGCAGGUGCUGCAGCAGAGCCAGGAGCAACUGGCAGGAGCAGUGGCGGGGCCAGCCUUCCCAGGCCAGAGUUGUCUGCCGAGGAGCGCCGCCGCCCUGAACUCUUGCAGCUGUGGCAGGAAAGGGAGCGCCAGCAGCAGCAGCGGCCCCUGUGGCCCCAGGGGACCGAGAAGCCGGACAGCAGCCUGGUGGAGAGCAGCAGCAGCAGCAGCAGCAGCCUCUCUCAGCUGAGGCCCUGCAGCCAGGGAGCCGAACCGCUGGCUGGUUCCCCCAAGCAAAGUCCACACUGCGCAGACCCUCUUCUCUCUCGGAGUUCUACUGCUGCCAAUCCUGGACCCCGAGAGGCCGGCUCAGUGCACAGGCCUUCCAGUUUCCUGUUCCGCUCUUCCUCCCAGCAAAGCAUCCAGAGGAGUUCUGGCUCGCGCUCUCUUGAGCUUGGCAGCCCCUUGCGGUCCCGUGCCGGAUCCCAGGCCCUGGAUGAGCAGGAGCUCCUCAGUCAGCUGCGCAAGGCGAUCGAGUCCCGUUUGAACGUUACGCUGGCUGAGGACUUGGGCGAGGCCCUGGCUGACGGGGUCAUCCUUUGCCAGCUGGCAAACCAGCUGUGCCCACGCUCUGUGCCCUUCAUUCAUGUGCCCUCGCCUGCUGUGCCGAAGCUGAACGCCCUCAAAAGCCGCAAGAACGUGCAGAGCUUCCUGGCUGCCUGCCACCAGCUUGGGAUUCCUGAGGUGUCUCUCUGUGGUGCCUCAGACAUUGCCCUGCUCCUCCAAGGCAACGCCCACGGCUUCCUGUGCCUUCUGGAAGCCCUGCUGCUGCACCCAGUGGCAGGGAGUCCCCUCGCCCCUGCCGCCCUCUCCGAUCACCUCGCGGGCUUUGGCAUCUUCUAUGCUUGCGUCAUGCUGCUGUUGUACUUUGCCUAUUGCAAGCUGUGUGGCUGCUGCUGCUGCCGCUGAGGGUCUGAAGCUGGGCCCUUCCGCCAGUCACCCUCCCUGCGUCAGGAUGCAGCAGAGAUUCAGGCCUUGGUCAAGCUGCCCCCUUGCUAGGGAGACCUUUCCUCCCACGUCAGACCAGUAGUCAGCGCCCAAGUGCUGGGCGAGCCCUCCUUUCUUCACCAGGUGGGAUGGGUUGGGGGCAGUCGGGAAUCAAAGGCACUGGCUGCCCCACAUAGUUCAGCCGGGGUUUCCUGACCCUUCGAGGCUGCGGGUUCCCUGCUACGUCAGUUCAGAUUCACCGUGGCCUGGUCAUGCUUGUGCCUUCCCCUUGGCCCAGUGCCCAGGAAACUGCUGCCUUCCUAAGUGCCUCCUGGGGCAGGAUGGCUGCAGGUGUGCCCCACCUGGCAGCACAGAGGCCUCUGUCUGCUUGUUCCCGAGAACUGAGCUACUUCCAGCACAGCAGCCCUUCGCUUUAAUGAUGGCUACGCUUUCCCAAUCCCAGUGUGGGCUCCCACACCCUUCUGGCCAAGAGUUGCAGAGCUUUCUGGCUGUUUCGCACUCUGGAACAGGCCCUGACUUGCUUCCCCUCUGCCUGCCAGCUGGGAACUCAAGGACUUGGCUUGUCCCCGGGUGGGCAGGCCAUGACCUUUCGAGGGCUGUGGGCCAAAUGGCUGCAACCUCCUGUGAGAUCUGGGCGCUCAGUUCCUACUCUUGCUGUAACAGUGCAUAUCUUGGGGCACCUGGGAAUGGUUUUGGAAACCUCUCUGCCUAAAGCUGCCCAUGCUGGUGCGUGCCUGCAUUCGAGGGUACCAGACUUGUGAUCUACAACUGAAGGUCCAAGGUAGGGGCAGAAGAGGAAGGAACCCCGUGUGCCCCAGUCUCUUCACCUAGACCUGGCUUGGCACAACUCUGCUCCUCCUGAGCUGCCUCUGCCCUGUCCGGUGAAGCCCCCCCUUGAAUGGAAAUGCCUUAAUGGGAGAAAGCGAUUCUCCUUUCGGAUGUAGGCCUUUCAAUAAUGCUACCCCUUUGCUGCCUUAAAUAU